AUGCGACCAUGGGCUCUGGCGGUGACUAGGUGGCCGCCCUCCGCCCCUGUGGGUCAGCGGCGAUUGUCUGCGGGACCCAGCAGCACCCCAGCCCAGCUCCGGGGAAGCCCUGGCCGUGAGGGCCGCCUGCCUGCCCAGGAUGAGCGCUUACCCUCCCAGCAGCCUCCGCCCCGACCGUCACACCUCCUUGUAGAGGAGCGUCGAGCCUCGGCUCCUGCCGGCGGGAGCCCCCGAAUGCUGCACCCAGCCUCCCAGCAGAGCCCGUUCAUGGUUGACCUCCACGAGCAGGUGCACCAGGGACCUGUCCCUCUGUCCUACACGGUCACCACCGUGACGACCCAAGGCUUCCCCUUGCCUUCAGGCCAGCACAUCCCUGGCUGCAGUGCCCAACAGCUCCCAGCAUGCUCCGUGAUGUUCAGUGGGCAGCACUACCCACUUUGCUGCCUUCCGCCCCCGUUGAUCCAGGCGUGCACCAUGCAGCAGCUCCCUGUGCCCUAUCAGGCCUACCCCCACCUCAUCUCCAGUGACCACUACAUCCUGCACCCCCCGCCGCCCGCCCCACACCCCCAGCCUGCUCACAUGGCGCCUCUGGGCCAGUUCAUAUCGCUGCAGGCCCAGCACCCACGGAUGCCCCUGCAGCGGCUGGACAACGACGUGGACCUUCGGGGGGAUCAGUACCCCCUGGGGAGCUUCACCUAUUCCACCUCUGCCCCAGGCCCGGCCCUGUCCCCGUCCGUGCCCCUGCACUACCUGCCCCACGACCCCCUGCACCAAGAGCUGUCCUUUGGUGUGCCCUAUUCCCACAUGAUGCCACGGAGAGUGAGCACCCAGAGAUACCGCCUGCAACAGCCGCUGCCCCCGCCGCCACCACCACCACCCCCGCCGCCGUAUUAUCCCAGCUUCCUGCCCUACUUCCUCUCAAUGCUGCCAAUGUCGCCCACAGCCGUGGGGCCCACCAUCAGCCUGGAUCUCGAUGUGGACGACGUGGAGCUGGAGAACUAUGAGGCCCUCCUGAGCCUGGCGGAGCGGCUGGGGGACGCCAAGCCGCGAGGCCUCGCCAAGGCGGACAUCGAGCAGCUUCCCGCCUACCGCUUCAACCCCGACAGCCGUCAGUCGGAGCAGACGCUGUGUGUCGUCUGCUUCAGCGACUUCGAGGCGCGGCAGCUGCUCCGCGUCCUGCCCUGCAACCACGAGUUCCACACCAAGUGCGUGGACAAGUGGCUGAAGGCCAACCGGACGUGUCCCAUUUGCCGGGCCGACGCCUCCGAGGUGCCCAGGGAAGUCGAGUGA